AUGGUUGACAUAUUGCCUGAACACCUCAUUCACAAAAUAUUGUGGUACCUUAAUUUUGAUGAAGAAGCAGCCAAGACGAGAUUUCUGUCCAAAACAUGGCUACAAGCCUGGUUCACCUGUCCCAACUUGAAGUUCGAAAUUGGGUAUGGCGAAGACAAUAAUUAUGGAAAAAUAGAUAAAAUCAUGGAGAGAUAUAGGGAAAGAAAAAUCCCUAUAGAAAAGUUUGCGCUUUCAGUUUUUGCUUAUUACUAUCAUUCUCUUGAUUUCCAAUUGAUUGAUAAGUGGCUUGGCAUUGCUCUUCAGAAUGGCGUAAAAGUGCUGGUAGAUUUCUUUUAUGUCCUCUCAUACCCCUUGCCUAUUUCCACAUUCUUGACAUCAAAAUCUCUAAGAGAAUUGGUUGUGACGGGUUGUGAUCUGAUGGAUCUUUCAUUAUCUACUAGUCAAGUGGAUAACUGUCAUUCUUUGAGAAAGCUUUCUCUAACUAAUGUUCGUUUAGACGACAACUUGCUUCAGAGUCUGCUUGCUUGUUGUCCCUUGAUUAUUGAUUUUAUCAUUGUGAACUGUCAUUUAUUGAGAAAUAUUGAGCUGCGGAAUCUUCAAAGUAUCAAGUCAGUUUCUAUAUCAAUAAAUGUUCAUCUGAUCCAGAGUGUUAAAAUCCAAGCACCAACUCUAGAACAUUUUUCUUAUACUGGGUGUCUUCGGGGAGAGUCCCAUGUAUUGGAUAUUAUUGAAUGUCAGAAUCUGAAAUCAUUAAAACUAUCCCAUAUGAAGAUAUCUGAAGGAUUUCUGCGGCACCUUAUUUCUACAUUCCAAUUCCUUGAGAGUUUGAUAUUAUAUAACGUUUGUGGAGAGUUGGAAAACUUUAACAUUUGCGGGAGUGAAUCCCUAAAAGUCUUGGGGAUUCAGUCUUGUAAGGGCAUAUGCUUCAAAUUUGUUAUCACUUAA